UCUCUGGAUCUAUUUAGACCAGGAAUGCAAAACCAACUGACCAAAUCUAAUAGCUGUCCUCCAAACUACUUUCCCCAACACUUCUUGUCUAAUGGCAUGAUGGUUUGUCUGAGCAAUGAUUAUGAGGCCGGAACAAGAUUCUCUGUGCCUUUUGCUGGUUUCUUCAGCUGCCAAUCUGGCAACCCUCUUGCAAAGGGUCAAUCUUGCUGUCCGCCUCAGUUCAGCCAACAUCUUGCCACUGUUAGUGAUGGCUGUCCGAUAUUGUACUGUGUCCAGUCUGGUGUGUUCAGUGGUGGUCAGUUAAUGCCUAUCCGCCUCCCACCAUUCACAAGCCCACCCAUGGUCAGCAUGAUUGCAACAAACACUGUAGCUGUAAUGACAGAAGGUGAUCGUUCUUGGGUGAGAGUUGGAGAAACUAAGAUGUGGAGACUGGCAAAGCCUGGUGAAAUUAAUCAAAUGGCAUCAAUGUUUGACACAUCAUCUUCUCAGAUGUCCGGAGGAGAAAAAGCUGGUGUAGCCAUUGGUGUAAUGGUUCUGGUUGCUCUUGUGAUUGCAGGAACAGUGUUUAUAAUGAAAAGAAGAAAGAGGUUUUCUGCCAUCAGGUUAAGGAGAGGGUAUGAAGAGAUUCAUACCGAGGUACUAUCAUAACAUUUUUUUGAAAGAUGACUGUUUAGAAAUGUAUAAUGUUAUGAUAAUGAAUAUGAUAAGGCAUAGAAAUAGUUGGCAGCAGCAGUAACAGUUACAGCAGUUAUACUAGUAGUGAUCUCAGUCAGCUAACAAGCAUUG